AUGGCAUCACGAGAGGAACAGGAGAAGGAAGCGGAGAGAAUUUUUCUAGGCAUCGGGUUGGCAGAGAAAACUGCAGAGACUGCUGUAUCGAAAAAGAAGUUUCGAGGAAUACUACUAGAGAUAAUCAAGGAGGCAGGUCUUGAAAAUGGAUGUGAUAAGACUCGGGGAACUCUCCUGUAUUCAUCAGCCAGCACGUAUCCAGACAAUGCACGGGCACACAGGUCUCAUUUCCUGCGCGAGUACAUCAGCAGUGGGAAGUUGAAGUCGAGUGAGCAGCUGGAGGCUGCGUUCAAGGUUUUGAGCAGCUAUGGGAGCGAGCCUGUGGACUGGCAGAAGCUUGAGGAAGCAGCUGGCGUUGGUGUUGUGGUGACUCCUGAGGAGAUUGCUGCAGCCGUGGCCAGUGUGGUCAAAGCCAAUGAGAAUCAGCUACUGACAGAGCGGUAUCACACUCCUGUCGGCAAACUCCUGGCGAGCGUAAAAGCCUCCUUGAAGUGGGCGGAUGGAUCCAAGGUGAAGCAGGAGCUUGAUGGCCAGAUCCUGAACCUGCUAGGGCCAAAGACAGAACAGGAUCUUGUCAAGCCCGACAAGAAGAAGAGCAAGGUACAGAGCUUUCUUGCUGUGCAGGAGAAGAAGCCUGCAAAGGAGAACGGUGCUGUUUCUGCUAAGAAUGCGGAUACAAAGGCUGAGGACACGGAAGCCUGGCGCCAUGCAGACCCCUAUGCUCACUUCAAGCAUCCAGCAGACAACAACGAGGUGCACACGAUUGUGGAUUUCAGCGAUGGCAGCCAGCUGUGCAUUGCAAACAACGCAGAGAAGCUGGCAGAGCACCUGAAGAUCACAGGCGGGAAGGUGGUGACGCGUUUCCCGCCUGAGCCAAAUGGAUACCUACACAUUGGCCACGCCAAGGCUAUGUUUGUUGACUUUGGCUUUGCGGAGAGGUACAGCGGGGACUGCUAUUUGCGCUUUGAUGACACCAACCCCGAGGCUGAAAAGCAAGAGUACAUAGACCACAUCCAGGACAUCGUUGCCUGGCUGGGCUACAAGCCCUGGAAGGUGACAUACAGCUCAGACUACUUCACGGAGCUGUACAAUUUUGCCAUCCAGCUCAUCAGAUCAGGGAACGCGUACGUAGACCACCAGACAGCAGAGGAGAUCAAGGCCUACCGGGAAGAGCGGAGGCCGAGCCCCUGGCGGGACCGCCCUGUGGAGGAGUCUCUGCAGCUCUUUGAGGACAUGCGACGCGGGCUCAUCGACGAGGGCAAAGCCACCCUGCGGAUGCGGAUGGACCCCAAAAAUGCCAACUACAACAUGUUUGACCUGAUAGCCUACCGGAUAAAAUUCACCCCGCACCCGCACGCCGGCAGGGACUGGUGCAUCUACCCGUCCUACGACUACACCCACUGCCUGGUGGACGCUCUGGAGAACAUCACCCACUCCCUCUGCACGCUCGAGUUCGAGUCUCGCCGCGCCUCCUACUACUGGCUACUGCACGUGCUGGACACGUACAAGCCAGUGGUGUGGGAGUACGGGCGGCUCAAUAUCACGCACAAUGUGCUGUCCAAGCGCAAGCUCAACCGCCUGGUCACCGACGGCUACGUGGACGGCUGGGACGACCCGCGCCUCCUCACCCUCGCCGGCCUGCGCCGCCGCGGUGUCACUCCCCAGGCGAUAAAGGAACUGUGCCAGGAGAUCGGCAUCACGCGCAACGACAGCGAGAUCCACCUGCACAAGCUGGACCACCACAUCCGCACUGACCUGGACGCCACGUCACCGCGCGCCCUUGCCGUCCUCGACCCGCUGCGCCUCGUGCUCACCAACCUCCCCGCCGACCACCUGCAGACCUUUGACGCCAAGGUGUUCCCUGGCAGGACGGAGGAGACAUACCCGGUGACGCUGACGCGCGUAGUCUACGUCGCUGCGGAGGACUUCAGGGAAGUGGAUUCCAAGGGCUACUUCGCCCUGGCGCCGCAGAAGGAGUGCAUGCUCAAGUAUGCCGGGAUUGUGCGGUGCACCGGGUUUGAGAAGUCCGGCGGCAAGGUCACAGAGGUGCAUGCCGAGUUCAGGCUGCUGGAGAAAGGGGAGAAGCCUCCCAAGGGUGUGCUGAGCUGGGUGGGGCAGCCGAUGGCGGGCCAGGAGCCCACGAUGUUCGAGGCGCGGCUGUACGACGUUCUUUUUAAGACGUCCUCCGUGGCGGACACCGGGGACGAGUGGCUGCAGGACCUCAACCCCAACUCGCUUACCCUCAAAACCGGCGCCAUCUCCACUCCCAGGAUCACCCAGGCCGCGCCAGGCUCCAGGUUCCAGCUGGAGAGGUUGGGGUACUUCUGCGUGGACCCGGACACCAGGAUUGGCAAGCUGGUGCUGAACCGCACAUGCACAAUGAAGGAGACAAACUUGGCGGCUCUGAAGGGAGCAUGA